AGUAGUGAAAUGUUACGUAAAAUGACGGUGGUAUUGCUAUAUAUAUAGUAGUCUCACAUGUCUAGUUCUGUUCGUCUCUUUCUUUCAUAUUCAUUUGUUUUUAAUUUUCUAGAAGUUUCCCUCGUCGCCACCACAACUCUCUCCGAGUUUAGUAUUCUGGUGGUAUCUUAAUUUAAAAAAUGCCAAAGGUUAGAAGCGUAAGGUCCUUGUCUUUUGAUCAAUCUAGGGUAUCUCCUUACCCUUGUACUACAUCUAAGGAUGAUAAUCCAACCAAUUUUUGUAGUCCAUUGGUCUCAGUUGAUGAUAUGAAAGAAUGGGAAGAGGCUAGGUGCCCUAUAUGCAUGGAACACCCACAUAAUGCUGUGCUUUUGAAAUGUUCGUCUCAUGAGCAGGGAUGCCGGCCUUACAUGUGCAAUACAAGCUACAGGCACUCAAACUGCCUUGACCAGUUUUGUAAGUCAUCUGAGCCUUACCCUUCAACAGCAUUGUUGCAAGAAAUUCCUCUCACAAGCAAUGCCUCUCGCAGAAUAAGUGAAGAACCAUCACUGCCUGGGUUAACCGGGCCUUGUGGGAGCCUUAUGCACGGAAAUCUUGUCUGCCCUCUAUGUCGAGGAGAUGUCUUUGGCUAUAUGGUAAUAAUGCCUGCUCGUCAGUUCAUGAACACCAAAGUUAGAAGUUGCUCUUCCGAAACUUGUGAUUUUAAUGGAACCUACACAGAACUGAGGAAACAUGCGAGAUCUGAACACCCUUUUGAGAGGCCAUCAGAGGUGGAUCCAAUGAGGCAGCGCGAUUGGAGAAGGUUGGAAUGGGAAAGAGAUUUGGAGGAUGUCCUUAGCGUAGUGCAACCGAGUAGUUUUGAAGACCCACCAGACAAUGUUGAUUCUUGGAUGUCAUCUUUUUUCUCCAACAUGUUUCGUUCUAUUGAGAUUGUGCUUUACAGUCGUGUUUUGAAUGCUUCAAGAGAUAGAGAGCAAUCCCAUUAUAGAAGAUCAGAUAGAAUGCCUAGGUUACAUCAAGAUAUUGGUUCUAACAGCUCUGGCACCAGACGAAACAAUAAUUUUCAUGAUAGUAAUCGCCAAGCCAGAAGGCUGCGAUGGCGCACACCACAACCAAACUAUGAGGUGGACACAGUUUCAGAUAUCCAUUCAAACUAUGUGGCUGGAACUGCUCCUUUCCCUCGGAGGAGCAGUUAUUCUUUUCGAGAUAGAACAAAUCACGGGCGACGACUUCACUGGCGGAAUCAGAGAUGGUCAAGCCACAAUAACCAGCGGUGAUUGCUAGCACAUUAUGUUGCAGAUAAAGUUAAAAUGUGGAUUAGAUAUUAGCAGAAAGAGUUUGGAACGUCCCAUUGUUGAGUUGCAAUAUGAAAAUUAUGUUUGAGGACUUAUGGGAUUCUUUCUCUAGUUCACUUUUUGGAUCUUUAUCAAAAUUAUUGGCUUUUUAUUUGUUCCUGUGAUUAAAUGGAACUUUUUAUUUGAAAUUGAGAUGUGUGUGGCCACUGGCAUUCAAAAUAAUAAAAAAUAUUGAUGUUUGUCAAAA